CCACUAUCAGUGCCCGAGCGCGAGAAAUUACGAAAUUUCGGGCCACAAGCGGAUUUCCGGGGACUUGAUCUCCAGUGCAACGCAUUCGACAUUCGAAGCCGAAAAACGUAUUCUCGUUCGUUCAUCCUUCAUAUCGCCCGAAUACGCGCUUCGGUAGCGUUCGAAUGCUAUCGCAUCUCCCACAUGUGUGUUCCCUGUCCUCUCAGGCUUCAAUUUUUUCGGUUCCUGUGCUGAACGCUCAUUAUCGUCCGUGUGGAGAAGUUC